UAUAGCAUUUCACUCUUUGCGAUUUUGAACCAGACAGUUCAAUUUCGCUGGAGCCUCUGCCACUUUUGCAUUCUGAUUUCGUUUAUUAGGUUAAUCUUCAUUCUCUGAAAGUCUUGAAGCUCCAUUUGAAACGUACGUCUUGAAGCCCCAUUUGAAACAAAAUGGGGCUUGACGAAAAUGUGGAGAAGAUGCAGCAACGGCAGCACUACAAGAAUCUAUGGCACACCGAUUUGAUGGGCACCAUCACUGCCGAUACUGGCUAUUGUUGCUUUGCUUGUUUCUGCGGUUAUUGUGCUUCUUACAUGUUACGGAAACGAGCUCUUUAUGAUGAUAUGACAAGGUACAAAUGCUGUGGUGGAUAUUUUCCAUGCAGUGGAAAAUGUGGAGAAAGUAAAUGCCCUGAAUUUUGUCUCGUCACUGAGGUUUGCUGCUGCUUUGGAACGUCUGUUUCUUCAACUCGAUAUCUACUACAAGAUGAAUUCAACAUACAGACGACUCCAUGCGAUAACUGCAUCAUUGGAUUUAUGAUCAUCCUAAAACAAGUUGCAUGUAUAUUCUCCAUACUUGCUUGCAUAACUGGAAAUGAAGAAAUCAGGGAUAUUGCCGAUGUAUUGGGCUGCAUUGCAGAAAUAGUUUAUUGCUCGGUCUGUGCUUGCAUUCAGUUGUUAUGCAGACCCAGCACAAAGUUGAAAUGGACAAAAGAGACAACAAGUUAGAUCCACAGCCAGCUAUGGGAGUUCCUCUGACGCAGCACAUGUCCCGUAAAUAGAUCAGCCAGUUCCUCCAUUUGCCCUCAGAACAUCUGUGAUAAAUGUGAUUCAUGUAGCAUUACAUUCACUUGUCAAUAGUAGCCAUUCUCGUA